AGGACCCUUGUGUUUCAAUAUAGCAGUUUAACUUCACCUGACAAUAGGAGGUGUUUGAUCCUACAGAGAACUCCCAAAUUUUUCACCAUAGAAAAUGUGUAGGUGCCUAGUUUUCUGAAACAGCAAGCAGCGGUUGGGGUGAUCUAUCUGUGGCACAUCAGUAAGUGAUAGAUGACAAUUCCUAGCAACCCCAGCCAUCUGUGAAUAUGACAGGCUGAUGGGAAUAGGAGUUCUACAACAUAGGGAAGUCCAAAUGCCCCACAUUCCUGCUCUUAAAAUCCCCCAUGCUCUUGUUUGAGAAACAACAUAUCAUGCCCUUCCACAAGGCCAUUACUCUUCACAUACUACUGUGCCUCCUUGUUUUCUACACAGUGUAUUACAUGAUCUGGAGCAUUUGCUGUGGGAUAUUCAGGCUCAAGACCUUUGGCUUGCUCACCCCUUUUGAAUUUAAAACCGAGCCCUCUUUCUCAAGUCCAGACUAUCUUGCGAAAGUACUGGCCACCAGCCUCACCUUUUUCACCAGUGGGCUCCUCUUUGCUGUGCUGUUGAGACGAUGGGUCUGGGAUUAUGCCAUCACGGUCACCUUAACCCAUGUCCUCUUGACCUUUGCAGUGAUGAAAGAAUUCCCUUUCAUUUGGCAGUGGUGGCUAGCUCUUGCCAGUGACCUCCUCCUUAUGAUAUGCAGUGGUGAACUUGUGACUUAUCUUGCUUGCUCUGAUGCCAACAACCUUAGUGCAGACAAGUUUUAAAAAAGUUUUUGCUGAACUCUACACUCCUUAACCCCAAAGGAAUUACAGAAAGAUGUAUUACUUCAGGGUAAAUCAGGGAAGAGAAUACACUUUCAAGCCUCAUAAAAAUUCGCUGAUAUCCAUACUUUAAAGCUUCUAUAUCCCUCACAUUAUUUUGGGAUGCAAGAGAACCUUGUAUAAAGGUGAUGACACUCCCUCCACAGCUUAAUGAUAGAACACACACUUGCCCACAGAAGUUCCUCUGUAUAAUCCCUGGCAUUUGAAAAAUCUAGAUAUGGAAAACCUCGGCUGGAUAGCUAUUGCCAGUCACAAUAGAAAAUACUGAGUUAGAGAGACAAAUACGGUAGUCUGACGUGCGAUGAAGCAGUUUUGUAUUUUCUGCUCGAAAGAGACGGAGUGGCACGUGGAUUCACAGCAUUUAGCCACUGAUUAGACUGAUGAAACUGCCCACCAAAAUAGCAUGUUUUGUCUAAAUCUAAAAUUACAUUUCUUUUAAAGAUAAGCCCCUCUAAAAACUUCAUGGUGCAAAUUCAAUUGCAGAAACAUUUCUUCCACUGUGUGAGAGAUGGGGUGGUGGUGGAAUACCUCCAAAAUAUUGCCUACUUCUUCCACAUGCACAUACAGACAAUGGAACGUUGCUUUUCCACCCUUGGAGAACAAUCGACUUUCAGUAUAUAAUGUACAGUAGUUGCUGCCUGGUUACCAAAGGAGGCUAGGCAAGCCCUUUCCCUAUUGUUCUUCCACAAGAAGGAACAUUUUAUCAUUAUCAUUAUUAUUAUUCAAACAAGUCUUUGGGAAAUUAAAGUGGGUUGAUGUGAAAGAGGAGUUUUAACUGUCUGGGUGCUAUCCUGUUUUUAACUACAUAUUAUAUUGGCUUUAUCUAAUUUCAUUCUUAGGGAGAAAGGUAGGAGAUGAAAGAAAAUAAAUUGAUCAUGUAAUUCUUUUUGGAAUUAAAUACUCAAGAGUGUACGAUACCUUAAAGACAAAGCUAUUUUAUUUAGCACACACUUUCACAAACUGCAACCUGGUCUUCAGAGGCAAGGGCUCUGCAGUCCACAAACGCUUAUACCAAAUAUUGGUCUUGUUAGUCUUUUAGUUACCACGGUACUUGUUAUUUUCGCUGCAGUAGACUAGCAGAGAUACAGCAGCACUAUCUGACUGAAUUUUUUCAAAGGUGCCAUUUUCUUUUACUAAGCCCAAACAAAAUCCCAUCACUGAUGAGAGGUAGAGAGUUUUAUUGGGAAUGAAAAUCACUGGCAUUUCAACGGCCAUUACACAGUUCUGCAAGAACAGGUUUGCAAUCAAGUACAAUUUGCCUGCAUUUCAGUUACAGCGGUCUUGGUAUAAAUAACCAAUUCAAAACCCUUUCAUUUCAAGAACUAUACACUGAUCAGAAAGCUAGCUCUUGAGAACUGCAUAUAUCCCCCAUCAAAGCCAUCCUUCAGACCAUGUAAUUCUGCAUUAUAGCCCUGUGGAAACUCAUCUAUGAGAUGGAUAUUCCAGGGGGAAGCCAUGGUAUCAGUGCAAGGCCCCUCUUAUGCCCCCUCUAAGAGCUCAUGCUUUAACAUGUUUCGUAAGGUACAAAAACCCACUGAGGGUGCUACUAGACAACCCUAGUCUUCCCUGAACUCCUAAACAGAUCUGCUUCCCAUGCUAUUCCUUUCGAUGUGCCUGUAAAUCAUGCUCGUGUCUUAAUAUUAAAUGUGAAUGACAGAGUCAUGUUUAGUAUGUUCAGAAUGUAGGAAUGGCUUAUAACUGACCUAAAUUUGGAGGGAAGGAAUAAUGUAGCACAGAGAUGUGAACAGAGCCAUUAGGGCACCCUUGUAUUAUAUGAAGUGGCCUUAGGUUCAACAGGAAAAAA